ACCAUAGUGCUCCUAAAGUUCAGACGUCUGGCUGGACGCAACCUGUGCGGAUUGGGGAGGCUCUGUAUGUGCACUGUAUUGUGAUGGUUGUCCAAGCUUCCCCUCAGAAGAAAUUAUUCCUGCUUAGGGUAUGACCCUCCAAGAGUUUUGAAAGUCAUUCUUUUGUGGUAACUUCUGGAUAAAACAACGCACGUUUGCUUCACGUUUCGCAUUUUUACAGGAUUCAAUCCAAGGCCAGACAGUGAUUGACGAUGCGGCCAAUAUCUCCCCUCUCUCUCAUCUCAUUUUGUUUCACUUACUGUGUGGAUCUCUGAGCAGCAGAUGUCCUCAAGAGUGCUCGUGCAGCAUCCCUGGUUCCAUCUUCUGCGUCCAGCGGAACUUGAGCUACAUGCCUCGUGGCCUCCCCUCUUCCACAAAGGACCUCUACGUCUUUCAGAACAACAUCAAAACCUUGCAACAGCAGGACUUUGUAGAGCUUGGCGAGCUUGGAAUGCUGGACUUGAGUCAGAAUGCCCUCAACGAAGUCCCUGAUGGGGUGUUUAGCCCACUCUCCUCUCUGCACAACCUCGAUCUCUCCUCAAACCACAUUAUCCACAUUUCCAAAGACAGCUUUGCUGGACUGGUCAACCUGGAAAGGCUGUAUCUCUACAACAAUCGCAUUCAGAGCAUCCACCCAGCUGCCUUUGAGGGACUAGAGAACUUACUGGAGCUGAAGCUACAGGGGAAUCAGAUAAGUGUGCUGCCAGCUCUGCAACUGCCAAGACUACUCCACUUGGACCUUAGUUAUAAUAGCAUCCCACCUAUUGGACCUCAAGAUUUACAGACACCACACCUUGAGUCACUCAAAAUAGCUGGGCUGCGGCUGACCAGUCUGGAUGAGGGGCUGCUAAGCAGCCUGGAGAACCUACAUGUUCUGGAUGUCUCCCAGAACCUGCUUGUAGAGAUGCAACCUACACUGAAGGCAAUGGGGGGUCUACGAAACCUCAAUUUAACAGGGAAUCCCUUGGGAUCCCUAAAACGAGAGGACUUCCAAAAUCUGGUUAACUUGCUAGAGCUUGACUUGAGCAACCUAAAUUUGCAAGGCUUCCCUGAAGGCUUCUUCAACCUUUUCCCCAAACUUGAGAAGCUCACUGCUGCUGAAAACCCCUUUAACUGCCUCUGCCCACUGGCCUGGUUUCCAGCAUGGCUAAAAGAUGUAAAUGUAGAACUGUUGAGAAUGGAAGAGACUCGUUGCCACUUUCCACCAAUAAACUCGGGAAAGGUUUUGGCAAAGUUGGAGCAUAAAGAUUUUGGCUGUCCCACGACAACAAUUGAGUUAACAAGCGCAGGGACAAGUAGUACUACAAGCAAGCCCACAAACUCAACCACACCAUCAGGCACAACACAUGCCAUUUCCCCAGCACCACCAAGUGAGAUGCCCUUGGUAGACUUCAACAGCUUCCCUCUUUCCCAGACCACUGCCAUCCCCAGAGAAAUCAUAGAAGAUUCUGAAGAAGAGGACAUUAUUUGCCCUUCCAAUAUCUGUUUAAAUGGGGGAACAUGCGUGUUUGACUCUAAUGGGAUGGUUGUUUGCUUGUGCCCGCCUUCGAUGUCAGGACUCUACUGUGAGAUUCAAAAUCCAAGCUUUCUUCCUCCACCUUCACCGAGAGUUUCUAUCGAGACCGUUGCUACAGUCCAGCCCAACACAAUCAGCUCCCUUCACAUAACCAGCACUUCCAUUACACUAGACCUUCACCGUUACAUUCAGACAAGACCGCACAUCCGUGGAAUCCGUCUGACUUACCGAAACUUGUCAGGCCCCGACCGGCGACCACUACAGCUGAAUGUGCCUCCAACUUACCCAGAAUACACGCUUAGAGGACUACAGCCAAAUAGCACCUAUUCUGUAUGUGCUAGUCCUCUGGGAGAGCCUGUCCAUGUCUCAGUCAGUGCCUGCAUGGAGGCUAGGACAGCAGGAAUCCCACCAUCAUCCCACGAGCCAAGUGUUGACAGGACCGAACCUUCUUCCUCUCUCAUACCCAUCGUGGCAGCUGUGGCGGUGGUGAUGAUUGUGGCCAUCAUAGCUACUGUGGUGGUCUUUCGCCGCAGGAGGAGAUCUAAGGCUCCAGUAGAUAUGGACUUACAUGAGACAUCUACUCUGGAGUUAGAGGGAGUAAAAACCAGUCCAGAGAAUGGUCUAAUGCAUCCAAAACAACCCGACAUCACCCCUUGCCCAUCUUUAGCACAAAAUAGCUUGGAAUACGAGGCACCUUUAAUACAAGGACAGUGUCCAGCCAACAAUAAUGUAGCUUGUAUGAAACCUUUGUACGUAUAAAAGCCAUAUUGUGCUAUUCAUACCUCCAGCCCACAGAGGGCAAUGUGCUCCAUGACUCCUGCAGGCGGGUGCGAUGCAGACACUACAUAGACUCUGGUGGGUUGGGUGAACAUUUUUAAUGCAUCCCAGCCAAACGCUUAAACUGACUGCCAGUAUUUAAACCAGGCGCAUUUGCCAUCAACAUUUUUUACAGAUGCCUUCAAGUGCCUUUUAUAACCAUAAAUAUCAGACUCUAUCAAGAAUUUCUCUCUAAGAAGUAGCCAGACAUUACUGAUCACAGUAUUGAUAGGCUGGAAAAGAGGUUUCUUUAGAGGUAGCUCAUGAAUUAUGUAGCUGGCUCUGGAAUUGGUAGACAGGAGUCAAAAGGUCAUGCCUGGACGCCUGGACAUUUUUUUUUGUCCAGAAACAAAUUGCACUGAUCAGAGACACUGGGACUGUGCCUAAGAGGUGCCUGUAGAAGCUGAAAGUGAUCAGCCUCUUAAACGAUGCUACAAAUAGGUUUUAUACAGCAUCAAAGCAUCCCUCUGUCCCUCUACCCCAUCUGUCCCGCACAGGAGAUUAUUUGCUGUGAAAAGAAAAAACAUGAAGAGACAUUUUCUUACCUUGUCUAGUUUACGCUGUUAUGUUAAAACUGUGUUUAUAUGUUUUUGUAUUUUUAAAGGAACAGUUCACCAAAAAUGAAUUCUGGUGUUGACUCACCCUCACGUCAUUCCAAAACCGAUCUUUGUAGAAAGAAAGUCACAUGAGUUUGGAAAGAGAUUAGGGUGUGUAAAUGAAAACAGAAUUGUCAUUUUUGGGUGAACUUUUUCUAUGUCCCUUUUUGUGUUUAGUUGUUGUGUUUGUUUUGACUUGUAAACAUGAGACUGUAGCAGACAUUCUUUCUCCUCUCACUUGAGUGCAACAAGUUAAAAUGCUUUUACUUCUAAAUAAAAACAAACACACUUUUA